UUUGUUUACAUGAUCUGUUCAACAUGUUUAGGUUAAAUAUAAGAAUAUUUAAAGAAAAUACAUGCAUCCUGGUGCUGAAACUGUGGCCUCACAGAAGUGAUUGAGAACUGAUGUACAGUCCUCUAAGCUUGCAGAGUUGUAAAGAUAAGCCCCUUUCCAUUCCCUUUUAUCAUGUUUAACUGGCAAAACUCUCUUUGCACAUGAGUCUCAUGAGCUAUCUCAUCUUACUGUUAAUGUUGUACUCCCAUAACUGUGCACUUUAUAAGUGUGUUGCACCUGGUCAGUCACUGCAGACUGCGGAGACCGGACCGUGCUUUUUCAGUGAAGACUGUUUGUUCUCGACAAGUUGCCAGAGCUUAUUUUAUUUUACAAUCGCAUCUCCAGGUUUCUACUUUGGUAGAGGAUGGCAUUGAUGGCAGUAUGGGCAGUGGUGCUAAUCACUUAUGGAGUUUCUACAGGAUUUGCAGUGGACUUUGAAACUGGGUCAGGUGAUGUCCUUCCACUGGAUAUGGCUCCAAACUCUGUUGAUGACAUGUACAUUGGCUGCAAAGAUGAAAUGCUCCAAGCUGUGGUUUCAAAGUUGGAGGAGGAGAAAAGUAUAGAUGAGAAUUUUAAAAAAGCCUGGGACGGUGCAGAAAACUAUUAUAACAACAAAUGGAAGAAGACGAUCCCUAAACUGGGGAAAAACCUUGUUAUUGCUCUUUAUUGUUGGAAUUUUGGUGCUGGAAAUAUACAUGCUGAUCUCAAUAAUGCAGUUCGAUCACAGAAAUCCGAGUACAAGACCACAUUCAGGUAUCACGCAUUUCACUUUUUCCUGACUGAUGCCCUUCAAACCCUCAAUGUUCGCAAUCCUGAAGCAGAAAGAUGUAUCACUGGCUACCGUAGAGUUGACAAAUACUUUAGCCAAGAUGUUCUUAACAAGGAGUUUCGCUUUGGCUCCUUUACCUCCAGCUCAAUGGGAAGGUACCCCAAUGCUAAAAGAUUUGGAAACAAAUCUUGUUUUGAGAUUGAGACAUGCUGGGGGGCUGACAUUUCAAUGUACUCUAAAUUUGAAAAUGAAGCAGAAGUGCUCAUUCCUCCUUACGAGGUCUUUAAAGUCACAGAUAUUGAGAAGAGAUCUGAGGAUCUUCCAUGUGAGGUGGUCUACAAAGUGAAAAGUACACAAAGACUACUGUCAAAUAUGAAUUGUGCUCACUCUCCAGAAUAAACAGUCUCACAAGAUUUACAUAUAGUUAAAACAUUUAAAAUGAAAUUUACACCAUCAACUGUGGGAUGUUCCAAAUAACAUACACUUUAAGUAAAUUACACAUGGUAAAUGGAUGUAAACAGCUUUUAAGAGAAAUCUGUGAAACAUGUUGCUUGCUCUUCCAAUGGCUUAAAAUAUUUAAAUAAAUAUCAAGAUCUUGAAAUUGGUACUAUAUACAAUUAUACUUACACAUUGUAUUGAGUUAAAUUGCCUGUCAUCUGCAUUUAAAUGCAUAUUUCAAAAUCCUUCCUGUAACGUUAUUGUAUCAAAAUUGUGUCCAGAAAAACA